AUGUGUAGCUCUGUGGCAGCCAAGUUGUGGUUUUUGACAGAUCGUCGAAUCAGGGAAGACUAUCCCCAAAAAGAGAUCUUACGAGCAUUAAAGGCCAAAUGCUGUGAGGAGGAGCUGGACUUUAGGGCCGUGGUGAUGGAUGAAGUGGUGCUGACAAUUGAGCAAGGAAACCUGGGUUUGCGGAUCAAUGGAGAACUAAUUACUGCCUAUCCUCAGGUGGUGGUAGUGAGAGUACCAACCCCUUGGGUGCAAAGUGAUAGUGACAUCACUGUUUUACGCCACCUAGAGAAGAUGGGAUGCCGGUUGAUGAACCGACCUCAAGCGAUCCUGAACUGUGUGAAUAAGUUCUGGACCUUUCAAGAGUUGGCUGGCCAUGGUGUUCCUCUGCCCGAUACUUUCUCUUAUGGUGGUCAUGAGAAUUUUUCUAAGAUGAUUGAUGAAGCAGAAGUACUGGAGUUCCCAAUGGUAGUGAAGAAUACACGAGGUCAUAGAGGUAAAGCUGUUUUCUUGGCUCGAGAUAAGCACCAUUUGGCUGAUCUAAGCCAUCUUAUUCGCCAUGAAGCUCCAUACCUGUUCCAGAAGUAUGUUAAAGAGUCUCAUGGACGGGAUGUACGUGUCAUUGUUGUGGGAGGCCGUGUGGUUGGCACCAUGUUACGUUGUUCAACAGAUGGGAGGAUGCAAAGCAACUGCUCACUAGGUGGUGUGGGGAUGAUGUGCUCAUUGAGUGAACAAGGAAAGCAGCUAGCCAUCCAGGUGUCUAAUAUCCUGGGGAUGGAUGUGUGUGGCAUUGACCUGUUGAUGAAAGAUGACGGCUCCUUCUGUGUCUGCGAGGCCAAUGCAAAUCCUUUUCAGGAGCCAAAAAAAAUCAAAAACAAACAAACAAAAAAAUACCCAGAGAAAAACUUUCCUUCUUCCCCCUUCCUGAUGAUGAGUGAGAAGUAUUGA